AUUAUUACAGUGUCAACAAUAAAAUAAGUAGACUAGGCAAGGGGGUGUCAUGCGCGCGCUUCGUGCUGCUGCUGUGUCGUUUGUCGUUUCGGGGGGGAGACGAUUAUUGUUUUUUCACGACCCUGAUAAUUUUGUGCUAGAAAGGGACGUUUUCUCGCCGACUUGCAGUUUUUAUUGCAAAGAUUUCAAAUUUUCAGUGUUCUUCAUAGUAAAUAAAACGAAAUAUGGGCGCGGUUCAUGCGAAGGAGCCUGAUACGAUAAAAAAUUUCGAAGUGACACAGCCAAAUCACACAAUGAGUAACGAAUCAGAAAUUCCUAAGGACGAUGAUACUUCAUUUGGUAAGCAGGCAUUCUCAGAAAAUCAACAAACAAACAAAGUGAAACCAGUCGAUCUGAAAAAUAUAAAAGCUAGAGUUGAUAAGGUUCACAUAGAUGGACUCAAUAGGACUAAAGAUGAUGUUGUGCAGGCGCAAGUCAAGGAACUAUUCAAUGCUAAAGAUUUUCAAGACAUUAUUGUUAAUGCACAUGCAGUACGAGGAAAAUUGGAGUCAUUAGGAUGUUUUAAAACUAUUGGAGUUUAUAUAGACACUAGUCAAGGCCUUGAUUCUACACCAGAAGGAGUAGAAGAGUAA